GCUCUGCCUGUUCUACUGUCACUCCUCACAUCUCUGAGUCACUGCUCAGAUCCUACCAUGUUACCAUGAAUCUCUGAAACCUUUACCGACAUUUUCGGGAUUUUCCUCUGCCUAUCGGGACGUCAACGAUGAUCUAAUAAUGGCAAAGCGAUCCGGGGCUAAAGAGGGGACGUUGUCUUCUUCUUCUUCUUCUUCGCCGACCAUUCUUCGGAAUUUGAACCGCGGAGACUUGAGCAUGGACUGCGGAGACGGAUCCGAGGACCUGUCCCUAGAAGAAAUCCUUACUCUUUACAGCCAGCCGAUAAACGAGGAGCAGGCAUGGGCAGUCUGCUACCAGUGCUGUCGGACUUUAGCGCACAAACACAGACGGAGAAGCUCAUCCAAGGCAGCGGGGUCCUCUGCGGUGGACUACCCGAGGAGGAUCGAGGGACCUGGGAAUGUGAGGAUCGGGAGAGACGGAGCUGUCAGGCUGCACUUUGAAGACAGCACAGAUAAAUACCAGACGGCCUGCACGUCAUCAGAGGUUAUUGACUCCCUGGGUGUCAUGAUCUACAAAGCUCUGGAUUAUGGCCUCAAAGAGAACGAAGAGCGAGAGCUCAGCCCCCCAUUGGAGCGACUCAUCGACAUGAUGACCAACAUGGAGGAGACGGAGAGCGACCCUUGUCCUGACGAGGGCUACGAGGCCACGGAGGAGGAGGACGAGUGCGAAGAAGAGGAUGGGGAUGAAGAACUCAUCUCGGAUACCUCUGCCAGCGCAGUGAGCAGCAUCAAGAGUUACAGAGACAUCCUCUUGAUAUGUUCAUCCCACCUUCCAAGCCCAUCCGAUGCUCCAAACCACUACCAGGCGGUUUGCCGCGCGCUUUAUGCAGAGACCAGGGAGCUGCACACUUUUCUGGAGAAGAUAAAAAGUGCCAAGGAGAACCUCCGAAAGAUGGAACGUGAGACUCAUGAUGAGCCUGAGAGAGACCUUAACGAGCUGCAGAACGCUGACUGGGCCCGGUUUUGGGUGCAGGUGAUGCGUGAUCUGAGAACCGGUGUAAAGUUAAAGAAGGUCCAGGAACGGCAGUACAACCCGCUGCCCAUAGAGUACCAGCUGACGCCGUACGAAAUGCUGAUGGACGACAUUCGCUCCAAACGCUACAAGCUGAGAAAAGUCAUGGUGAAUGGAGACAUCCCCCCACGGUUAAAGAAGAGCGCACAUGAGAUCAUUCUUGAAUUCAUCAGAUCACGGCCUCCUCUUAACCCCGUUUCUGCUCGUAAGCUCAAGCCCCAUCCUCCGCGUCCUCAGAGCCUCCAUGAGCGACUAUUGGAGGAUAUCAAGGCUGAGAGGAAGCUCCGGCCAGUUUCACCCGAUAUGAUUCGCAGGAACCGCCUAGGUGCUGGGAAAAGCAUCAGCACCCCUCAGGAUUUGUUCCGCAGUUCAGAUACGCCUGAUGGUCGGAGGAAGUUGGCCUGCAGCACCCAUUCUCUGGCUAGUGGGAUCACAGGAACCCCUCAGAAAGCGAAGCAGCUGAGCCAGAGGAAGAGGCUCCUCAAAGCGCCCACGCUGGCUGAGCUGGACAGCUCCGAAUCAGAUGAGGAGCCAUCAAAGAGCAGCUCCAGUAGGUCCACGUCUUUAUUGGAGGACACGUCUCCUGAGGCUGUUGUAGAGAAGAAAGCACCUCCAAAGUCUCGGCCUGUUUCUGCCACCCAUCAGCCAGACAAGCACCAGACUCAUGAGAGGCGCCACCCUGUGGAGAAGGAGGCACCUGCCUUCGUCAGGGCUUUUGCACCGCCAUCCAGACAGGCCUCCAAGUCACUGCUGGAAGCAGCCGGCAGUGCUCAGGUCACGGAGGAGUUCUGUUAUCCCAGGGAGUGUCUGACUCUGACAGUGGAGGAGGUGAUGCAUAUCAGACAGGUUCUGGUCAAGGCUGAGCUGGAGAAGUUCCAGCAGUACAAAGAUAUCUACAACGCUCUGAAGAAAGGAAAGCUUUGCUUCGCAUGUCGGACCAAAAAAUUCUCCUUCUUCACAUGGUCCUAUACCUGCCAGUUCUGCAAAAGGCCAGUGUGCGCCCAGUGUUCAAAAAAGAUCCGGCUGCCGUCUAAGCCCUAUUCCACUCUGCCCAUCUAUUCUCUGGGUCCCAGUGCAGUUUCUAAAGAUAAUGCUCGUGCAGGUCCGGCGCCACCUGAGCAGGAGAAACAUGCGUUCGGAUAUGGCAGACACAGUCUACGGCGAAGGUUGUCGAAGCACAGCAGCAGAGAAGGUCAGUCGAUAGAUGACCUGGAGCUUCCUAAAGAGCUGACGGAGGAUUGGGUCAGCAUGGAGGUCUGCGUGGACUGCAAAAAGUUCAUCACUGAGAUAAUCACCUCUAGCAAGCGCAGCCUGUGUGUGGCGUCGAAAAGGGCCCGCCUGAACCGCAAAACCCAGUCUUUCUACAUGGCGUCCUCUAAGUCCAUCAACUUCCAGCCCGGGGAGCGCCCCAUUAAUGAAGUAUAGGACGUAUUAAAUUGCACUUUAAUCCAAGUUUUUCCCAGGUUUUGGACAUUUAUUAAUUAAAUAAAUAAAAAAAAUCUAAAUUUGACACUCCUACCAAAAUAUAAAGAGGUUGCCGUGCAAAUGUGGAAGUAGUUUCCCUCUCAGGAAAUGUUGCAGUCAUUAAAUUAGCUGUGAUGCUAAUGAAUAUGUGGAAACCAACCCCAUGCCCAUGCUGGGCCUGUUUCUCCCCCUAAGGUUAGAGUCCAUGACUCAAGUUUGGGAUGAAAUGAUGCAGAAAGCCAAAAGUUGUUGCGAUGUGGUGCAAGUAUUGCAGAAGCCCAAUCAUUAUCAGCUGUCAAUAAGCUUUCCCAGUUCCCCGUUUACUUCUUGCACUCAGGAAGAUUAACCGACAGAAAUGCACUGUACAGUCUCCUGUCUGGUCUGCUGGGGCAGAUCCUAGCCUGCCUCUCAUCCUUCCAGCAGCAUUUUUUUAAAAAUGUAUUUUUAUUUUUUUUUUGCCAAAAGUUUCACCUUCGUAGCCACAAAUCAAAUGAGAUUUUGCUUUUAUUCAUCUAACCGAGGGACUCAGAUGGCCUGUAUGUUUCAGGGUGUAUUUUUCAACAUUUUUUUCGCCUAUUUAAGCUAAAUGUAUAUUCUGUGCAAGGUGCCAAAUGUAAUUUCUCUGAAUGCCUUUAGAUCUACUGUAUAUAGUUAUAAACCAAAUGAGGGUUAUUUUUAGUUUCUCCUCCCCUUUGCUCUAAAACGGGCAGCAGACACAUACAUGUAGGGUUUAAGGAUGUGUAUAGGUUGUAUAUUGUUGCAAGAUCAAAUUUAAUAUAAACAUUUACAGUUGAAGAGAUGAUUUUUCUAUAUUCAAGAUUUCACCCUCUACAUAUGCUUUAUUUAAAGCUGUGGGCUUUUGUUAGUAUUUAAUGUUCUGUAAUAAGGUUUUAUUUUUGCAGGGUUUAUAAAAUCCUGUGUUUUAUGCGCCUGACAAAAUUUCAUCUAACACUUUAUUUGGAGGAAAGAAUCAUAUAUUUAAAUAGUAAAAAAAAAGAGUGCCAUUUUUAAGAGGGUCGACUUAGAAGGCAAUAAUUGUUUCUACAGCAAAGCAUCAAGGACCGAAAAACAAAAAUUGAAUGUAGAAGUUUUAAGAUUUUAAGAAAUGACUCCUCAACAGUUUUGCACACUUAUAUCACUUAAUAGACACAAAGAUAAACCAGCCUGCUUAGGAAAAAACAUUGCCAUGUAAAAAAAAAAGGCCCAGAUGCAAUCCAUAAGUCCAGUUUUAUUUUUGAACUUUGUAAAGAAUGUGUGCAUGCUGUACUGAGAAUCGUUGUUUUUAUCAGAGAAGGUAUAAUAAAGUCA